AUAACCUCACUUUCUUAUGGAUUUUCUUUCUUGAGAAUUUGAACAUUUUUAACUGUGAAAUAUUGGAAUAUUAAGGAUAGAACUAUUAUUAUUCGUGAUUUAAUAUAAUUGUGUCAAAUGUGUAGUACAAUUUCAUAUAAAAUAGUAUUUAAAUACCAAAAAUAGCAUUUGGUUAAAGCAGUUCACUUAUCUGCUGUUUUUAGUUGAAGAUUGUGCAAAAUGGGCAUUUUAGAAAAAAUAUCUGAAAUCGAGAAAGAAAUCGCCAGAACACAGAAAAAUAAAGCAACUGAAUACCACUUGGGUUUAUUGAAAGCGAAACUAGCUAAAUAUCGGUCACAACUAUUGGAGCCAUCUAAGAAAGGUGGUGAGAAAGGGGAAGGUUUCGAUGUGCUCAAAUCUGGUGAUGCCCGAGUGGCACUUAUUGGUUUUCCAUCUGUGGGAAAGUCCACAUUACUGUCAACCCUGACACACACACACUCAGAGGCUGCAAGCUAUGAGUUCACAACGCUCACGUGUAUACCGGGAGUGAUAGAAUACAAAGGCGCUAACAUACAACUGCUUGAUUUGCCUGGUAUCAUUGAAGGUGCUGCCCAGGGCAAGGGUAGAGGAAGACAGGUAAUAGCAGUUGCCCGGACUGCGGACUUGGUGCUGAUGAUGUUGGACGCCACGAAACCGUACGUACACCGCCAAUUGCUGGAGAAGGAAUUGGAGAGUGUCGGUAUCAGACUGAACAAGUCAAAACCCAACAUAUAUUUUAAGGUGAAGAAAGGAGGCGGUCUAUCGUUCAACUCGACGUGUCAGCUCACCAAAGUGGACGAGAAGAUGGUACAGAUGAUCCUGCAUGAAUAUAAAAUAUUUAAUGCGGAGGUGCUUUUCCGGGAGGAUUGUACUCCAGAUGACCUUAUUGACGUGAUACUAGCCAACCGUGUCUACCUGCCCUGCCUGUAUGUAUACAACAAAAUAGACCAGAUCUCCAUACAAGAAGUGGACAGGAUAGCUAGAGAACCAAACUCCGUAGUUGUCAGUUGCAAUAUGAAAUUGAAUUUAGACUUUCUAUUGGAGACAUUGUGGGAAUAUCUGUCCCUGAUUCGAGUUUAUACCAAGAAGCCCGGACAACCGCCAGAUUUUGACGAUGGUCUCAUCUUGAGGAAGGGUGUAACCGUGGAACACGUGUGCCACGCCAUCCAUCGGACCCUGGCCGCGCAGCUCAAGUACGCCCUAGUGUGGGGCACAAGCACCAAGUACUCGCCGCAGCGCGUCGGCAUCCAGCACUUGGUCAGCGACGAGGAUGUCGUGCAACUCAUCAAGAAAUAGUAUACCCUUCUACUUGUAUUGACAUUAGCGAUAAACUGUACGCAGGUUGAGAGAAAUGUCAAGAGGGAACAUUACGUAUAAGAGUGAAGUAUUUAUUCUUAAUUAACUGCCUGCGGUUUGACCUAUCGGUAAAAAGUAAACAUACGAAUCCAAACGCUUCAUUGUUUGAUCCGUCAUCGGCGAGGAAAGGUUUCGGUCGGCCAAGUAAGAUUAAUUUGCAAGGCCUUGCCUUGGAAUCUGAAUUUAUUAGAUACAUACUACCUGCCUAUAUUUCAUGUUCGCUAAAUACCAGCCAUAUAUUUCUAAAUAUUAAUAUAUCGCCCGGUGAAGUUUAUACCCUAUGUGUUAUUCUGAUGUAUAAGCUAUAUUAUUGUAAAGUUCCAUUGAAAUCCAUACACUAGUUUUUGUUUGAAAGAGUUACAAACAUACAAACAUCCAUCCAUCCACACUCAAAAAUGUCCGCGUUUAUAAUAUUAGUAAGAUUGACAUGAUGUGAUAAAGUGGGCUCAUAUUAUUAGGUUUCUGAACCAGUCUGCUAGAUGGCCCGUGUCGUCGACGCCAAUGCAAACUCGCUCUUAGAUAAUAGUUACUUAUUAUUAUACAUUUUUGUAUGUUUAGGUGAGGUAAUUAAAUAGUCAUAGGAUCAUGACAGAAUAUUGAAUUAAGUUACAUUGUUAUUUAUCAACGUCAAUGAGUUCUUAAUUAAUGAAUUAAUAAUUUUUCUUUGACUGUAGUUUUAUUUUAAUUUUAUUUACAAUUAUAAAUAAUAAUUUAACUACAACAAAUGUUGACCAUUGGUUGUCAAAACGUGCAUGGUUGUACAUAAACGAAAGUACGUAGUGACCAUUUCACAUUUAUUGUAUUUAGUGUUGCCUCUCGAACUUUUUCUUACUCUGAAACUGCACAUACAGGCCUGUAACUCGUCAACUUUGUGUGUGGAAAUACAAAAGGAUAGAUUUACAGAAGGAGGUAUUAUAUGAUACCUUCCCCGUACACGUUAUGGAGUGCCGCACAUAAAGUUGCCAAGCUAUACUGUAACAACUUCGUCUGAAACAAGAAUGAACUACGUAGCAAGUUACGUAAAAACGUAUUAUUUAUUUAUCUAUAAUAUACUUAAUUAUAAUUGUUUUCAUAAUUAUAUGUUAUAUUUUAUGAUUGGGAACUUUUUAAGGCAUGUACUCUAUUAUGUAAUGAAGUAUGAUUGUCAUAUCGUAAAACUAUAUUUAUAUAUAGCAAUAAACAUUUUCUAGAUGCAAUUUAAAAAAUAGCUUACGGGCGUCGGUCCUAGUUAUAUGAACAGGUAGCACCGAACGUACACUUCCACACCUGUAGACCAUU